UAACGUUGUCAUUCUGAAACAGAAUGCGUUUUUUGUCUUUACUUUCUUUUCCACUCCUCUCGUGAAUCAGGGAUUCCGUACGGGAAGAAAAUACUGUGGCGGGGAUGUUCCGCGUAAAGAAGAAGGCAUGUUGCAACUCGCCCGAAUGUUGUCCAGAGAUAUAAAGGCUUAAAUGUUGGGGACAACACGUUUAUUCGGUAACACGGUGUUGCUCGAUUAAUUGCUGGUGUGUCUUCUUCCUCCUCUUCCUUAUUUGGAAAGUGCAGUAAGCCCCAUGCUCUCGCCUCUGCUGCUGGUGGGGUGGGCGAUGGCGGCUCUCCCAGCGCCGGCGGCCUCGCAGUGCCUCUCCCGAAACGACCACAAAUUCCUGACGAGGGACCCGGAUCUCUUCCCUCUCGCGCCCUUCAGCCUCGGCAUCUUCAGGGAACUCGCGCCUCCCGAAGGGAAUUUCGUCCUAUCGCCCUCCAGCGUCUGGAGCGCCCUCGUCGUCGCCUACUUCGGGUCCGGCGGCAGCACAGAGCUGCAGUUGCAAAGGACGCUUCUGCUGAACGGGAAAGAAAAUGCUUUGGCGCUGUACAAAUGCGUCGUCGAGAUUUACGCUUCACAGGCGACGAAGCCCAACAACACGUUCAGCGCCGCCAGCCGGAUCUACGUGCAGGAAGGGUCGCCUCUGAAAGCCUGUGUCCGCGGCGCCCUCAAGGAGGAACUCGACGCUCUCGACUUCCAACAGCCCGACCUUGCAGCCGCGGCGAUCAACGCGUUUGUGAGCCGCGCGACCCGGGGCAAGAUUCCUCAGGCAGUGACCUCGCCCGACCUCGGCGGCGCCCGCGCGGUGCUCGUCAGCGCCGCCCACUUCGAGGGCGCGUGGGAGGAGCCGUUCCUUCCGGAGAACACCCGCAGGGAGAUUUUCUUCGCCUCGCGAGGGCGGCAGCUGCAGGUGGACAUGAUGACGCAGAGGAAUUUAUUCAAGCUAGGGUCUUCACAAGAACUGGGCGCUCGAGUGCUAGAAAUGGCGUAUAGAGGAGGAACAGCAUCCAUGUUCGUGUUCCUGCCCCUCGGCCAAGAGGAUCCGAACCAGGUGCUCCUUCGCCUCAGUCCCACCACGUUCCUGGCCGCCAUCACGUCCACGAGAGCUCAGGAAGUCGAUCUCAGUUUCCCCAAGUUCAGGGUCGGGACUGUCGUGCAACGGGAUCUCUUAACGGCUCUCGCGCGAAUGGGGAUCAACGACCUGUUUGCGGCGACCAGUGACCUGACGACCUUCUUCGCCGGGGGAGGGCGCCACCGGCUGGACUGGGCUCUCCACACGGCAGCGCUGGAGGUGGACGAGCGAGGGGCCUCGUCGGCGGCGGUCGCAGGAGCCUCUCGUGCUCCGGUCUCGACGCAGGAGCCUGUGCCCUUCCGCUGCGACAGGCCCUUCGCCUUCCUGGUUUACGACAAUGUGAAUCGCAACAUUCUCUUUGCUGGGGUCUUCAGACUGCCGUGAGUCCCAACCGAGGGGGGGGGGGGCUGUUGGGCGUGAUGGAGGCGGCAAA